AUGAACUGGCUCAAGUCAACUCUCGCUUCCGUUGCCGGUACGCAGGAGCCCAUCUAUGGGCCUGAAGCUAUUCAAUCUGUCGCCCGCCAGGCCCAAGAGACUCCUUAUACCGAGCUCAGCAAGAAUGACCUGCGCUGGCGCGCUUACCAGUACACCAAUGUCGAAAACAAGGUCUUUUACAUCAUGGCCGAUGAUGGUACCUUGGCGAUGGUUCAGCUGAUCUACAGCAACAUCGUAGGUCUCCACACCACCGCUCAGUUCACAUCGAAGAUCUUCAACCUCAAAGGCGAUGGACCCCACAACUGGCACUCGGAUCCCCUGUCCAACUUCAUGUUCGAUGAAAGCAUGCUCUCCUUUGGUGCCGACAACCUCGCUGUCCAACUCAACGAGGAUGGCGAUACUUAUACCAUCAAGUCCGCUGUGAACGAAGACAGUCUGGUGAACCUGACAUUCAAGCGCUCUUCCCCUGGUUUCAUGAUCGGCAAGGACGGCACGUCCUACUUUGGCACGGACCCCGAGAACCCAUGGGGUUCGAUGAGCCAUGCCUUCUGGCCCCGAUGUGCCGUUGAGGGUACCAUCACGACCAAGGAGAAGACGUACGACCUUACGGGCCGGGGAAUGUUCAUCCAUGCCCUUCAGGGCAUGAAGCCUCACCACGCGGCUGCCCGGUGGAACUUUGUCAACUUCCAGACCCCUACCUACUCCGCCAUGAUGAUGGAAUACACCACCCCUCCGUCGUACGGAUCGACAACGGUCAACGUCGGCGGUAUCGUCAAGGAUGGAGAGAUCAUCUAUGCUGGUAUUAACAACAGUGCCACUCACACCGACUCAUCGCAAGAUGCUGAAAGUGACUGGCCCGAGCCCAAGUCCAUCAAGUGGGUCUGGGAUGGCAAGUCUAAGGAAGGACAAGAAGUCCAUGCGGAGCUUGACGGGGCUCUUGGCAACCGACUGGACCGGAUCGACGUGAUGGCGGAAGUGCCCGGCUUCAUCAAGACCAUUGCUGGCAGUGUCGCCGGCACGCGACCAUACAUCUUCCAGUACUGCCCCCAGGAGAAGCUCUCUCUGAAGCUCAAGGUCGGCGACUCCGAAGUCACCGAGGAGGGAACCAUGUUCUCCGAGGCCACGUUCAUCUCAUAG